AUGGGCCCAAAAUUAACCCCCUUUUUCCCUAAGGAAUACAACCCACGGCCGGCAAUUUUCAACACCCCAGUCAACCAACCCAAACCGGCAAGGGGCAAAUUUAACAAAACCCCCACACGAAAACACCCCAAACUUUCCCCGCAGGGAAAAAAACAACCGGCAAAAAUAAAAAACGGGACUUUUUUCCCCAAAACCACCCGAACCGAGAAAAAUAAAAGGAACCAAACCCCCCUUUCGUCGCUGACCCAUUUUUCGGCCAGAAAGCCCCAACCAAAAACCUUUACCCGGGGGAAAACCCCAACCAACCGAGGGCCGUUUGGACCAAAAACCCAACCAAACCCGGGGCCCCACCGGGCCCCCAGCGGGGAACCAAAAAAGCGAGGGCCUAAAUUUAAAAAACAGGGCCCACCCCAAAGGCCUUCAAAACCCCGUUUUCCCCGUGCAAAACACCCCCGACCCCCUGCCCCGGGGCCAACUUUAAAAACCACCCCCCCCGGUUUUGGGACCGGCCCCCGCGCCGAAUGCCAAAUCGAAAAAAUUUUUAACGGUUUUCCCCAAGGGCAAAGAUUUUUCCCCCUUGCCCUACCCCAGCCUCCCCCUUAA